GCAGGGCCAGCGCUGACAGCAGCGUCAUGCGCCGCACGGAGCAGCCGCAGCCCGCCAGGCACCGCAGGCUGCGCCCGCCCCUCGCCCGGCACGGAGGUGGGGCUGCCGCCUAGCUGCCGCCCCGCGCGCCCGCGGGCACAGGCUGGCUGCGGCGGUCCCCGAGCACGGCCCCCGCCGGGAUGCGCGUCUGAGCGGGUCCCCGCGUGCUCCCAGCCGCGCACCUGCGACCAGGGCAGGUGUGUCCGCCGGAGGCCGGGGCGCGGGGCGCGGUGAGCGGAGGCCGGGCGCAGCGCCCCUCUGCGCAGUCCCUCUGCAAAAUGGCUCACGCGGCUGCUUCUAUCAAAAAAGUUCGCGAGGCCGAGCUGGAUGAAAAGGAAAAAAUCCUUGAGAGAGAGAGAAAAAAACAACGGAAAAUCCCCAGGGAGCGUGCGGACCGGAAAAGAAAGUCUGACAGCAAUGCCAGCUUCCUCCGCGCGGCCAGAGCCGGCAACCUGGACAAGGUCGUGGAAUACCUGAAGGGGGGCGUGGACAUCAACACCUGCAACCAGAAUGGACUCAACGCUCUGCACCUGGCUGCCAAGGAGGGCCACGUGGGGCUGGUCCAGGAGCUGCUGGGAAGAGGGUCCUCCGUGGACUCCGCCACCAAGAAGGGGAACACUGCUCUUCACAUUGCGUCUCUGGCGGGACAGGCGGAGGUUGUCAGAGUUCUCGUCAAGGAGGGAGCCGACAUCAACGCGCAGUCUCAGAAUGGCUUCACUCCCCUGUACAUGGCUGCCCAAGAGAACCACAUUGAUGUUGUAAAGUAUUUGCUGGAAAAUGGAGCCAACCAGAGCACUGCUACCGAGGACGGCUUCACGCCUCUGGCCGUGGCGCUGCAGCAAGGGCACAACCAGGCCGUGGCCAUCCUGCUGGAGAAUGACACCAAAGGGAAAGUGCGGCUGCCCGCCCUGCACAUCGCCGCCAGGAAGGACGACACCAAGUCCGCGGCCCUCCUGCUGCAGAAUGACCACAACGCCGACGUGCAGUCCAAGAUGAUGGUGAAUAGGACAACCGAGAGUGGCUUCACCCCCCUGCACAUCGCUGCCCACUAUGGAAACGUCAACGUGGCGACUCUGCUUCUCAACCGGGGAGCUGCGGUGGACUUCACGGCCAGGAAUGGAAUCACUCCUCUCCACGUGGCCUCCAAACGGGGGAACACGAACAUGGUGAAGCUACUGCUGGACCGUGGUGGCCAGAUCGAUGCCAAAACCAGGGACGGCUUGACCCCACUGCACUGCGCUGCGCGAAGCGGACACGACCAGGUGGUACAGCUUCUGCUGGAGCGGGGCGCCCCCUUGCUGGCGAGGACCAAGAAUGGGCUGUCUCCGCUUCACAUGGCCGCACAGGGGGACCACGUGGAGUGUGUGAAGCACCUGUUACAGCACAAGGCACCUGUCGAUGACGUCACCCUGGACUACCUGACGGCCCUCCACGUCGCCGCACACUGUGGCCAUUACCGUGUGACCAAACUCCUUCUGGACAAGAGAGCCAAUCCGAACGCCAGAGCCCUGAACGGUUUCACUCCCCUGCACAUUGCCUGCAAGAAAAACCGCAUCAAGGUCAUGGAGCUGCUGGUGAAAUAUGGGGCUUCCAUCCAGGCUAUCACAGAGUCUGGCCUCACGCCGAUUCACGUGGCCGCCUUCAUGGGCCACUUGAACAUUGUUCUCCUGCUGCUGCAGAAUGGCGCCUCUCCAGAUGUCACUAACAUUCGCGGGGAGACGGCGCUGCACAUGGCCGCCCGGGCGGGCCAGGCGGAGGUGGUGCGCUGCCUGCUGCGGAACGGGGCCCUCGUGGACGCCAGAGCCAGGGAGGAGCAGACGCCCUUGCAUAUCACCUCUCGCCUGGGGAAGACGGAGAUAGUCCAGCUGCUCCUACAACAUAUGGCCCAUCCAGACGCGGCCACCACCAAUGGGUACACGCCACUGCACAUCUCUGCCCGGGAAGGCCGGGUGGACGUGGCGUCGGUCCUCUUGGAAGCAGGGGCCGCCCAGUCCUUAGCCACCAAGAAGGGGUUCACGCCUCUGCACGUGGCCGCCAAGUACGGGAGCCUGGACGUGGCGAAGCUGCUGCUGCAACGGCGCGCUGCCGCGGACGCCGCGGGGAAGAACGGCCUGACCCCGCUGCACGUGGCUGCGCAUUACGACAACCAGAAGGUGGCGCUGCUGUUGCUGGAGAAGGGGGCUUCCCCCCACGCCACUGCCAAGAAUGGCUACACGCCUUUACACAUUGCUGCCAAGAAGAAUCAGAUGCAGAUAGCGUCCACACUUCUGAACUACGGAGCAGAGACGAACAGUGUGACAAAGCAGGGAGUGACCCCACUCCACCUGGCCUCCCAGGAGGGGCACACGGAUAUGGUCACCCUGCUCCUGGAUAAGGGUGCCGACAUCCACAUGUCAACCAAGAGCGGCCUCACCGCCUUACACCUCGCCGCCCAGGAAGACAAAGUGAAUGUGGCUGACAUUCUCACCAAGCAUGGUGCUGACCGGGACGCCCACACGAAGCUUGGUUACACUCCUUUAAUUGUGGCCUGUCACUAUGGAAAUGUGAAAAUGGUCAACUUUCUUCUGAAGCAGGGAGCAAACGUCAACGCAAAAACCAAGAACGGCUACACGCCUUUGCACCAGGCUGCCCAGCAGGGGCACACACAUGUCAUCAACACCCUGCUGCAGCAUGGGGCCCGGCCGGACGCCACCACCGCGAACGGCAACACCGCCCUGGCCAUCGCCAAGCGUCUGGGCUACAUCUCCGUGGUCGACACCCUGAAGGUUGUGACCGAGGAGGUGACCACCACCACCACGACUAUCACUGAGAAACACAAGCUGAAUGUUCCCGAGACGAUGACCGAGGUCCUGGAUGUUUCUGACGAAGAGGCUUUUAGGCAGUUUGGUGACCACUGUCUUGAUGGGGGAGCACUUAGCGAUUCAGGUGAUGACACAAUGACAGGAGACGGCGGGGAGUACCUCCGGCCUGAGGACCUGAAAGAGCUGGGCGACGACUCUCUGCCCAGCAGUCAGUUCCUGGACGGUAUGAAUUACCUGCGGUACAGUUUGGAGGGAGGACGCUCUGACAGCACCAUGCCCAGCCUCCGGUCCUUCAGUUCCGACAGGUCUCACCCGCUGGGCCACGGCUCCUAUCUGAGGGACAGCGCUGUGAUUGAUGAUGCUGUCCUCAUCCCCAGUCACCAGGUGUCAGCUCUCGCCAAGGAGGCAGAAAGGAACUCUUACCGCCUCAGCUGGGGCACCGAGAACUUGGACAACGUGGCCCUUUCUUCCAGCCCUAUUCACUCAGGCCGCGCCUCUCCGUGUGUCGACCGCGACAGCAGCAGUUUCCUGGUUAGUUUCAUGGUGGAUGCCCGCGGUGGGGCCAUGAGAGGAUGCAGACACAACGGGCUUCGCAUCAUCAUACCCCCGCGGAAGUGUACGGCCCCCACACGGGUCACCUGCCGACUGGUCAAGCGCCACCGACUGGCAACGAUGCCCCCGAUGGUGGAGGGAGAGGGCCUGGCCAGCCGCCUGAUCGAAGUCGGACCGUCGGGCGCUCAGUUCCUUGGUAAGCUGCACCUGCCAACGGCCCCUCCCCCACUUAAUGAGGGAGAAAGUCUGGUCAGCCGCAUCCUUCAGCUGGGGCCUCCUGGAACCAAAUUCCUUGGGCCCGUGAUCGUGGAGAUCCCGCACUUCGCCGCCCUUCGAGGAAAGGAGAGGGAGCUGGUGGUCCUGCGCAGUGAGAACGGAGACAGCUGGAAAGAGCAUUUCUGCGAGUACACUGAGGACGAGCUGAACGCGAUCCUUAACGGCAUGGACGAAGUGCUGGACAGCGCCGAGGACCUGGACCGGAAGCGCAUCUGCCGCAUCGUCACGCGCGACUUCCCGCAGUACUUCGCCGUGGUGUCGCGCGUCAAGCAGGACAGCCACCUGAUCGGGCCCGAGGGCGGCGUGCUGAGCAGCACGGUGGUGCCGCAGGUGCAGGCGGUGUUCCCCGAGGGCGCGCUGACCAAGCGGAUCCGCGUGGGCCUGCAGGCUCAGCCUAUGCACGGUGAGCUGGUUAAGAAGAUCCUGGGCAACAAAGCCACCUUCAGCCCAAUAGUCACUUUGGAACCUAGAAGGAGAAAAUUCCAUAAGCCAAUCACCAUGACCAUCCCUGUCCCCAAAGCUGUGAGUGACGUCAUGCUGAAUGGCUUUGGAGGAGAAGCACCAACCCUGAGAUUACUGUGCAGCAUAACAGGUGGAACCACUCCUGCCCAAUGGGAAGAUAUUACAGGGACUACACCAUUAACAUUUGUCAACGAAUGUGUUUCCUUCACGACCAAUGUGUCUGCCAGGUUCUGGCUGAUAGAUUGCAGACAAAUCCAGGAAUCCGUGGCCUUUGCAUCCCAAGUGUAUAGAGAGAUUAUCUGCGUACCAUAUAUGGCCAAAUUCGUCGUGUUUGCCAAGUCGCACGACCCCAUUGAAGCCAGGUUGCGAUGUUUCUGCAUGACCGAUGACAAGGUGGACAAGACCCUGGAACAGCAAGAAAACUUUGCCGAGGUGGCCAGAAGCCGGGACGUGGAGGUAUUAGAAGGAAAACCCAUCUAUGUGGAUUGUUUUGGCAACCUGGUGCCAUUAACCAAGAGUGGCCAGCAUCAUAUAUUCAGUUUUUUUGCCUUCAAAGAAAACAGACUUCCUCUCUUUGUCAAGGUACGGGACACAACUCAGGAGCCUUGUGGACGCCUGUCGUUUAUGAAAGAGCCCAAAUCCACGAGAGGCCUGGUGCAUCAAGCCAUUUGCAACUUAAACAUCACCCUGCCCGUUUACAUAAAGGACUCAGAGUCAGAUCAAGAACAGGAGGAAGAGAUCGAUAUGACAUCAGAAAAAAAUGAUGAGACAGAAUCUACAGAAACGUCUGUCCUGAAAAGUCACCUGGCAGAUGACGCUCCUGUCCUGGCGAGCCCGGACUUGCUCUCGGACGUUUCUGAGAUGAAGCAGGACCUGAUCAAGAUGACCGCCCUCUUGACCACAGACGCGUCUGGCCAGGCGGGACCCCUUGCGGCCAAGGGGCUGGCCAGGGCCGGUGAGGACGAGCCCGGCGAGCCCUUCGAGAUCGUAGAGAGCGUCAAAGAGGACCUGGAGCGAGUGAACGAAAUCCUGAGGGGUGGGCCCGGGUCCCCGCCAGACGGGGAGCCGGAGGAGGAGGGCUGGGUGAUAGUCAGCGCCGAGGACGUGCGACAGGCCCAGCAGAGCGCCCCUGCGGAGGGCCCCGGGUCGCCCCGCGCCGCAGGCACCUCGCAGGGACAGGCCUCGGAGGCCGGGGACGAAUGCGGGGCCCUGGCUGCGGGCGGGAGCCCCAAAAGCAAGCGGGAGCAUGGCCCCACAGACGACACUCAGACAACGCAGAAACAGCAGAAACCAGGCCUGGGAGUGAAGAAACCAGCGAGGAGGAAAUUAAAAGAAAAGCAGAGACAGAACGAGCCAAGUCUCCAAGCUAGUGCAGGAAAAACGGAACUUAAAAAAUGUAGUUCGGAGGAGUCGUUGGAAGACGACCCAGGGUUAGGUCCCGAGCCUCUCCCCACUGGCAAGGCCACGUCGCCUUUGAUAGAAGAAACCCCCAUCGGUUCCAUUAAGGACAAAGUGAAGGCCCUCCAGAAGCGAGUGGAGGAUGAGCAGAAAGGCCGUAGCAAGCUGCCCGUCAGGGUCAAAGGCAAAGAGGACAUGCCCAAGAGGACAAGCCACAGGCCGCGCCCGACUGCGUCCCCCCCUCUGAAGUCAGAGAGGCAGGUGCCAGCGUCCCCCUCCCCCAAAGCAGAAAGGCACUCUCCUCUGUCCUCUGCAAAAUCUGAAAGGCACCCUCCAGUGUCACCACCAAGUAAAACCGAGAGACACUCCCCUGUGUCGCCCUCAGGCAAAACAGACAAACGCCCACCUGUAUCACCGUCAGCAAAAACUGAGAGACACUCCCCUGCGUCCUCAUCAAGUAAAACCGAGAAGCAGUCUCCUGUGUCACCCUCAGGUAAAACAGACAAACGCCCACCGGUGUCGCCCUCCGGAAGGACGGAGAAACCCCCACCUGUGCCCUCUGGGAGAACCGAAAAACGCCUGCCUGUAUCACCCGCUGGGAGAACAGAAAAGCACACACUCGUGUCAACCUCUGGGAAAACCGAGAAGCGCCUUUCAGUGUCACCUUCUGGGAAACCAGAAAAGCACCCACCUGUAUCCCCCACCUCAAAAACAGAACGAAUCGAGGAGACGAUGUCUGUUCGUGAGUUGAUGAAGGCUUUCCAGUCAGGCCAGGACCCAUCGAAACACAAGACGGGCCUCUUCGAGCACAAAUCAGCCAAACCAAAGCAGCCCCAAGCCAAGGGCCAGGUUCGGGCAGGCAGAGACAAGGGGCAGGUACCAAGCCAGAAAGAAACACAGAAAGUGGACAGCCAGACAGUCAAACGAGGCCAGGGAUCCCUGGGGACCGCAGCCCGCGGUCCCGCAGGCAGGCGUCAGAGCGGAGACACAGCUGGGGAUGAGGAGGCAACUCCCAGCCCCAGGACACCUGCCCCCGAGGGGGACGUGGGGCUGCAGAUCAGCCCCGACAGGAAGACCUCCACCGACUUCUCUGAGGUCAUCAAGCAGGAGCUGGAGGACAAUGACAGAUACCAACAGUUCCGCCGGACUGAGGACACGGAGACGGUGCCUCUGCUGUUGGACCAGGUGCUCACCAGUCCCUUCAACACGGCAUUCCCCCCGGACGACACGGAAGAGGGCCCCCCAGCUCUGUCCUUGCGCAGUGGGGUCCUGGGUGGCAGCUGUGAGAGUCUAAGGCACGAAGGGGUGCCAGGGUCUCCGUGUGGCAGCCUGAUGGAGGGGACCCCUCAGAUCAGUUCAGAAGAAAGCUACAAGCACGAGGGUCUGGCGGAGACCCCUGAGACAAGCCCAGAAAGCCUUUCUUUCUCACCAAAGAGAAGCCAGGAACAAAUUGAGGAUACAAAUGGUGCCACCAUGUUAGAAACACGGGCGGAAAUUCGUUCAGAAGAAGGACGCCCCUCAACCAAAGACAUUCCCGGUGCUGCUGACGAGCCAGGUGCGGCCGCCACCGAGGGAGCAGAGCCACGGGCUGAGUGUGUCCCUAGGGAGGCCACCCCAGACCCUUCCAGAGACACAGACCCCAAACCAGAAGGUGAUGGCCUCGGCAGUCAUGCUGUGUCCUCAGCCAAAGAAUCGCCCACGGGGCUGACAGAGGUCACGUCCUGCGAUGGGUUCCCGCUGGCUCGUGGCAGUUCCACCCACAAGAUACAGACUGACCCUGAAGCCCAGGGACCCACCAGCCCUGAGCCCUCGCCGCCUGAGGCUCCCAGGAAGACCAGCCCCGGGGCCGAGUCCCAGCCCCAGGCAGCCCCGCGAAGCCCCCAAGGGCUGGAGCUCGCACUCGCUCGCCCCGAUGCCGAGGUCCUCAGCCCAGGGGCUGACGAGUCCCUGACCGUCAGCCACAGAGACUCCCUGGAGGCCAGCCCGGUGCUAGAGGACAACUCGUCACACAAAACCCCAGAUUCCCUGGAGCCCAGUCCUCUGAGAGAGUCCCCUUGCCGUGACUCUCUCGAAAGCAGCCCCGUGGAACCAAAGAUGAAGGCUGGCAUUGUCCCAGGUCACUUCGCUCUUCCCGCAGCCGUCGCCAAAGCGGAACCCUUUACGGAGGUGGCCUCCAUGCGGUCCCGGCUGCUCCGAGACCCAGACGGCAGUGCCGAGGAUGACAGCCUUGAGCAGACGUCGCUCGUGGAGAGCUCGGGGAAGAGCCCCCUUUCUCCCGACACCCCCAGCUCUGAAGAAAUUAGCUAUGAGGUCACACCCAAAGCCUCUGAUACAAGCACCCCCAAACCACCUGUGAUUCACGAGUGUGUCGAGGACGAUGACUCAGAAAAUGGGGAGAAAAAACGGUUCACACCCGAAGAGGAAAUGUUUAAAAUGGUAACCAAAAUCAAAACCUUUGAUGAACUUGAACAAGAAGCAAAACAGAAAAGGGACUACAGAAAAGAACCCAAGCAAGACGAGUCUUCAUCCUCUGACCCCGAUGCCGACUGUUCGGCAGACGUGCACAAACCGGCAGGUACGGAGAGCGCGGAGGAUGGCUGUGGCGGCCCUGUGGCCGGCACAUCCGACAGCAGGAAGGUGUCUUCCUCCUCAGAGAGUGAGCCCGAGCUGACACAGCUGAGCAGAGGCGCCACCUCAGGCCUCCUCCCAGAGCCGGUCAUCCACGUGCAGCCUCCGUCCCCACUGCCAUCCAGCAGGGACUCCAGUUCCAGCCCUGAAGAAGGACAGUUCCAGCCUGUCGCGUCCAAACACUAUACUUUCAAGAUGAAUGAAGACGCUCAGGAAGGAUUGGGAAAAUCAGAAGAGAAAGAUUGUGAAUCUCGUUCACUUGAAGACAGUCCCACUGCUCCCACCGGCAGCCCCGACGCGUCCUGUGAUGGCCUGAACACCGGUGCUGGUCGGCCAGACCUCUGUGGCGGCCAUGGGUGUGAGGAGGGGCAUCUGAGCAGCUCAGCCGCCCCCAUCUUUUCAGGGCCCCCGGGAUCCAUGGCUGCUGCCGCCACUGAGGAGCGAGUUACCCACAGGGAGGCGUUCGCUCCGCACGACGCUCACGGGGAGGGCGCGGGAGCAGGGUGUGGUGCUUUCCCAGUGCAGGCUGCGUAUGCCGAUGGCCCCGGGGAAGGCUUCCCAUCCUUGUCCUCUGUGCCUCAUGGUCCAGCAUCUGAAGGAAAAGAAUUCGAUGAAAACAUAACCUGCACGUCCUCUACUUCUGCAGUGGAGGCCACACAGCCUGAGCAGGCUCCUGAGAGCUUCCCGGAGGACCAUGCCGCUCAAGACUCAUCAGUCAGCCGUCAGACUGAUGGCGCCUCCGUGGGUGUCCCGGUGCCUGACCCAGCUGAGGCUGAGGACCUCGGUGACCCUCAGAUCAUAAGCCCGUAUGAAAAUGUUCCUUCCCAAUCCUUUUUCUCUUGCGAAGAAAGCCAAACCCACACAGCUGCAAGACGCACGAGCGUUCACGCUUCUGAAGUGUGUCCCGGGACCAUGGCGCCCUCUCUCGAGGGCACGGUCGUGGCAAGCUCCCCUCGCGGAACUGUCUCAAGCCCAGAGCCUGCCUCUGAGGACCAGAGCAUGGGACUGGAACCCCAGCGAGAAAGUCCGUCUUGGGAAAGGCGGUCCGAGAGCACCCCCUUAUCCGUAGAGCCUGCGGUGUCAAGUGCAUCAGCCGUCGUCGGCGAGCAAACCAGCAGAGUCAUAGUCACAACGACCGAGGUGGACUGUGACCCCUGGAGUGAGAUGCGCGAGGACGACGCUGCCUUUGAGGCUCGGGUGGGACAGGAAGAACAGAAGAUCUUCGCUUUGAUGGUAGACAGACGGUCCCAGGGCACCACCCCUGACACCACGCCUGCUCGGACCCCAACCGAAGAGGGGACCCCCACCAGUGAACAGAACCCGUUUCUCUUUCAGGAAGGAAAACUGUUUGAGAUGACCCGAAGUGGAGCCAUCGAUAUGACCAAAAGGUCCUACGCAGAUGAAAGUUUUCACUUUUUCCAAAUUGGGCAAGAAUCCGGGGAAGAGAUUGUCUCUGAGGACAUGAAAGAAGCGGGUACCGUCGCUGAGCCCCCCCAGCUGGAGACAUCAGCUGGGUCACUGGCACUUUCAGAAUCAAAGGAAACGGUGGCUGAUGAAGCCGACUUGCUCCCCGGUGACCUGAGUGAGGAAGCAGAGGAGAUGCCAUGCUCCGGUGACACCGCAGUGCCGGAGGCUACGUCCCUGGGAGCCGCAGACCUCCCUGCCACGCAGAGGGCAGACACGCCUCAGCUGCACAGCGAGAGGCAUACAGCUGGCCCUGGCUGCCCUGGACUGGCCAGCCAUGCUCAGUUAGACUUUUGCACGGUCACCAGGUCCGUGUAUUCAGGUCGGGGUGAUGAGUCCCCCGACUCUUCCCCAGAGGAACAGAAGUCAGUCAUCGAAAUCCCCACGGCACCCAUGGACAGCGUGCCUUCUGCUGAAAGCCAUGCCAACGUUCCCAUAAGGCCCCCAGCAGCCCCAGCAGCGGGGGUCGAGAGGUCCCUGCUUGAAACCUUGCCUCCCUGCCUGGAUGAGGACAGUAAAGAGGAGGAAACAAAACCAAAGUCGAAGAUCCCUGUGAAAGCGCCCGUCCACAGAGCGGAGCAGCAGUCCUGGCCUCUGGCCUCGCCUCUGCAGAAGACGGCUCCCCAGGAACAGGACACGGCGGGCAGGGCGGCCGACAGCAGAAGCAAGUCUGAGCCUGAUACCAGCCCUGCAGACACAAAGGCCACAUGUCCGCUGAAAACCAGAAACUGCGCCGCCGAGACAGAGGCCGAAGGCAGAGGUGGGGCAGGGCAGCUCGAGCCGGAGCCAGAAGAGGGCGUCACCAGACCCAAGCCCUUUGCCUCCCGGCUGCCGGUGAAGACCAGAAGCCCCACGUCGUCCUGCAGGGGUGCCGUGAGCCCCACAAAGGAAAGGAGGGAGCAUUUCUCUGACCUUUACAGGAGCUCCCUGGAGUUCUUCGAGGAGAUUAGUGAUGAGGCGUCCAAGUUAGUGGAUAGGCUGACACAGUCAGAAAGGGGGCAGGAGACAGUUUCAGAUGACGAAAGUAGCAGUGCCCUGGAAGUUUCCGUAAUCGAAAACCUGCCACCUACUGAGGCCGAGCACUCGGUCCCCGAGGACAUCUUUGACACAAGGCCCAUUUGGGAUGAGUCCAUUGAGACUCUGAUUGAGCGCAUCCCCGAUGACAGUGGCCGUGACCCUGCUGAAGAUCAGCAGGAUGCGCAGGAACGGAUCGAGGAAAGGCUGGCAUAUAUCGCCGAUCACCUCGGCUUCAGCUGGACAGAGCCUACCGCCAUACAGAGCAGUGGGAAGAUGAAAAAGUUGGCGCGGGAGCUGGACUUCACCGAGGAGCAGAUCCACCAGAUCCGCGUGGAGAACCCCAACUCGCUGCAAGACCAGAGCCACGCGCUGCUCAAGUACUGGCUGGAGCGGGACGGCAAGCACGCAACAGAUGCCAAUCUCACUGACUGUCUCACCAAGAUCAAUCGAAUGGACAUUGUACAUCUCAUGGAGACCAGCACGGAGCCUGUGCAGGAACACAUGAGUCACAGCUCUGUGGAAAUGGGACCGACCAUUGCACUGGACGACAGUGAAGGCUUCUCAGCACUUCCCGAGGAGCUUUGCGGUGCCCGGCCUGAGCCUGCGGAGGAGCGCGUGGCCUCCGAGGACAGCGGGCCCCACAGCCACCCUCCCAUUGUGUCCGACGAAGACCUCUCCGUGGGGCAUUCCACUCUUCAGGACUGUGUCCCCAGAGCCGACGGGGACAGCUCAGCGGCCCCGCUCGCUUCCCACCGCCACCCGGAGCAGGUGCAGCAGGGUCUCUCGGGGACCCCACUGGAAGAGCCAUUGGCGGAUCCGUGGGAGGAGCACCCGCAGGAAUACUUUGUGACAACCCCAGGGACAGACGUGUGGGACGCUCAGAAAGCUACGGCAGCACCUGGCUCUCUCAGCCAGACACCUGAGGAAGUGAGGACCCCACCUGAGGAGGACAGGCCCUACCUCCAGCCCCCGACGUCAAGUGCACAGGAGGACCCUCCCAUCAUACAAGAGCCCGAGGACCCCCCAGAACACAGGCAGGGGGCUUCUCCUCGGAAGACCAGCCUCGUGAUCGUGGAGUCAGCUGACGACCAGCCACCGGCAUUUGAAAGACUGGAUGAGGACGCAGCGUUUCAAAGGGAGCUAACAGAGGAGUUAGGGGAACUGGAGGCCAGCUCAGAGGAGGAGGCCACGGUAACCACCAGGGUUGUCCGCCGGAGGGUCAUUAUCCAGGGGGAUGACGUGCCUGACAUGCCCCCGGAAACUGUCACAGAAGAGAAGUAUGUGGACGAACACGGACACACCGUGGUGAGGAAGGUCACCAGGAAAAUCAUCAGGCGGUACAUGUCCCCCGAUGGCACUGAGAAGGAAGAGGUCACUGUGCAGGGACUGCCCCAGGAACCCGUCCGCAUCGAGGAUGGGGACGGCUACUCCCGAGUCAUAAAGCGUGUUGUACUGAAGAGUGACACUGAGCAGUCAGAGGUGACCGUGUGUGAGCCCAGCAUCCCGGGCGGUACCUCGCAAUUUCAGGCGGAGCCAGUGGAAGGCCGUAGAGUCAGCAAAGUUAUUAAAACAACGAUGGUCCAUGGAGAGAGGAUGGAGAAACAUCUGGGCGACUCUAGUUUAGCCACUGACCUUCCUUCAGCCAAAGAAGACUUUGAAGAGGCUCUGAGUUACACAGGUAACCACAUGAAAGUGCACUUCCCCACUUUAGUAGAGAAUCAAAUCCUGAAAGAGGAUGGAUCAGUAAUUAAAAGGACGACGAUGAGUAAAGCCAGCACACGGAAGAGGGCUGUGGUGAAGGACCGGCACGGGACACGCGUGUCCUUGGAGCACCUGGAGGACGUGCCAGAAGCCCUGGGGCAGGACGACCUCCGACACGACCUCCGGCGCCUCCUGCGGCAUUUCUGCGAGGGGGACCUGCAGCCAGAGGCCAAGUGAGGGCCGCCCGUCCUCACCGCAGGGGCCCCCACUUGUGCGCACCCCCUUCGUCAGCAGAGAGACCUCAGUGGCCCAGUGGGUACCGGACGUUUCCACUUUUAGCAACUACUUCUGGCUGCAUUUGGUUAGUUGUCCAUUCUCUUUAACUGUAAGCUGAUUUGUGACCAAAGAUCGCAUCUUCCCUCCCGGGAGCCGUACCCACGCCUGUGUGGCGUGUGUGCUGCCCUGGGAACCGGCCCCUCCAUCGUUUCUGCUCCCGCACAGGCUCCAGGGAACCCGCCGACCGGACGCCCUCGCUGCAGACCUCUUCCAGUGACGAUGUAAGGAGUCCUUGAAGGGACGCCCGUGCCAGUGUUCACAGCUGAAAUGGUCAGAUGAACACACUGCCCGCCGUGUCCACAAUGGGCCCCUGGGUAGAGGCCUCUAGACUUUGCUGCGUGGUGGUUAGUUAAGAUACUGCUCACACAAUCGAAUGACAACACACUUCUACUCAAAAGAAGCACUUCAGACCUACCACAUUCUUAGAACUUCAGCGUAGCCAUGGCUCCUAGUUACAGAUGGGGUGGUGACCGCGGGGACCCGCCCUCACCUGUGACUGGACAGCUACGCUGAGGGCUGGGGAAGGGAGCAGAGGCCAGGAGCAGUGAGGCAUUCAGGUGCUAGCAGCCACGGCCGGUGGCCAUCUAGCACGCGGGGUCCCUUCAAGCAGGACAUGUCAGCAGGGCGUUUCGAAAUGCGCGACUGCUGUCGUGUCCGGUUUUCACUGCUGCUUUCAACCACGCUGUCUUCCUGGCCAUCCUUCCUUCCGGCCACUGCACUGGGGACAGCGCGUCGGCCGCAGGCUCGCCCACGACACGGGACGGAGCCCCUCACCGGCUCGGGGCGGCCUCCUCCGUUUUCUCCGGGUGUAUUGUCUUCGCUGAUACCCGCAUGUAGCAUUUAAACCCUAAGCCGCGGUCAGAGCCCUCUCCUGGUCACACGGAUGGUUUUCAUUCUCUUCGCCCAGAGCAAGCACUGCUCACUUCAGCGAGCGAGGUCUGUCUUUAGCUUGCAGACAAGGCUGAGAAAUCCUUAAAAAUUUGGUUUUGGUUAAAAUUUUUGGUUAUUUGUUUGAAUUCCAGGUUUCCUUGAAAACCCUUACGUGCAUUUGGGCACUUUCCUGUGUGUUUAUUUUAAAGAAGCGAUGUCAGUCAUCUGAGCGAUUUUCACAUCCUGUUCCUCACUCCUCUAGUGGUUGAAGCUGUGUAGCAUUUUAACAUAUGUAGUCACAAAUAUAUUCAUAUAAACAGUAUACAUUUUGGAUCAGUUAUUUGUUAAAGGGAAGUAUAUUCGAUGAAGAUGAAAUUCAAAACAAACACACGCCGCAGUCUGUCCUCCCGGAUGGAACAUUUUCCAAUACUAGCUGGUCUUUUCCUGUUGUGCAUAACUGACUCAUUGCUCCGAAUGUCACAAACCAGUGUGACACACAAUGCCACUUCGUCAUUUCAGGUAGUGUUGCCGAGAGAGGGUGUCCCGGGAGGGAGAUGCCCCACAAGCCAGAUCUCCAAGCCUCGCGCGCGCCCUUCUGGGUGGCUGGAUAGGAAUAACACCCUUUGGCAGCCAAACGGAGAGGCCCAUGGCGGGACUUGCCGAGACACACCAUGGCCUUCUCACCAGACCUUCACUGGAGCUCAAGAAAUGCAUUUCUGUUGUGUGAUUUGCAGUGCAGAUGAUGUCUGUGUAACAACAUAACGGUUAUUCACCUUUUUUUGGUUCUGAUUUUUGCUGUGUAAUCGAGAAACUUGAAUACUGUGAGAAGAAGUGAAUUUCAGUUGCUGAGUCAGCAUCUUUCCCCAUGGUGGUGACACUAAUUGACUGUAUCUAUGAGGGCAUGUAUUAGUUCAUGGAGAAAACACAACACUAACAAUACAUAGCUGCAACGUGUACAGCGGCUGAUUUAAUUAAAUAAAAUGUACAAGUGUGAAAUGUG